GAAAUUAGCAAUUUAAAAACGGACCGAUCUUGAGAAACUCCUUCAGUUUCACUUCAUUAUUACUCUGGCAUUCGCGCAUUGAAGAUCGAAUAGUUGAAGUGUGUUUAUUCCAGUGAAGUUAAUUUACUCGUGUGACAGACAAUAAAGAUGAAGGUCGUGGGCUUGAUCCUUUUGGCUGUGAUCGCCGCCUCGGAGGCUGUUUCCUUCUUCGAUCUGGCCAUGGAGGAGUGGAAGGCGUUCAAGGCUCAUCACAAGAAGCAGUACAGAGAUGUGAACGAAGAUCGCAUGCGUUUUGAGAUAUUCAAAGACAACAAGCACAAAAUUGCGCGUCACAAUCAGAGAUUUGCCGAGGGAAAGGUCACGUUCAAGCUGGGCCUGAACAAGUACGCCGAUUUGCUGCAUCAUGAGUUCGUUGGGAAGCUGAAUGGCUACAAUAAGACGGCAUUCAACAACAAAAUCACUGAGCAUCGCGUCGACGCGGGCGUAACGUUCAUCGAGCCGGCGAAUGUGGAGGUUCCCGGAACGGUGGAUUGGCGUUCGAAAGGCGCCGUGACGGGUGUGAAGGAUCAGGGACACUGCGGUUCGUGCUGGUCCUUCUCCGCCACGGGGGCGCUGGAGGGGCAGCAUUUCCGGAAGUCGGGCGUGCUGGUGUCGCUGUCCGAGCAGAAUCUGGUGGAUUGCUCGGGCUCGUAUGGCAAUGAUGGCUGCAAUGGUGGUCUGAUGGACUAUGCCUUCCAGUACAUCAAGGAUAAUGGUGGCAUUGACACGGAGAAGUCGUAUCCAUAUGAGGGUGUGGAUGACACGUGUCGCUACAAUCCGAAGAAUCGCGGUGCCACGGACAAGGGCUUCUCGGACAUUCCGCAGGGUGACGAGCAGAAGCUGAUGAAGGCCAUCGCCACGGUCGGGCCUGUGUCGGUUGCCAUUGAUGCUAGCCACGAGUCCUUCCAGCUCUACUCCAGCGGCGUGUACUACGAUCCCGAGUGCAGCCCAGAUCAGUUGGAUCACGGCGUCCUGGCGGUGGGCUAUGGCACGGAUGAGGAUGGCCAGGACUACUGGCUGGUGAAGAACUCCUGGGGCACAUCCUGGGGUGACAAGGGCUACGUGAAGAUGGCCAGGAACAAGGAGAAUCACUGCGGCAUCGCCUCAGCGGCCUCCUAUCCACUCGUCUAAGUGGAUUUCUGUGGCUUCAACCUCUGAGAUUCCAGCGUGCUUGUGAACAAAAGUAGUGACAGACGCAGAGAGUAUUUGAUGUAAGAGUUUGUUGUCUUUUUUAUACUUAAAAGGGU